CUCUCUCUCUAAACUCCCUCUUUCUCUCUCCUCCAAUAAAUCCCUUUCUCUAAAUUUAUUGCUUCUCUCUUUACGCGGAAAACGCAGUCUCCCUCCCUGCAACUUCGACGCCAUUCCCUGUGGCUUUCAUUGUGAUAUCAUCUAAACCUAACCCUAAUUUCAACCUCGUACUCUCUAAACCCUAGCCCCUACCGGGAGGAAUCUCAGAAAUAAACCUCAAUCAGGCAUAAAUCAUCACUAUUUCUCUCUCUACUGCUCCAUUCUUUGUGCCUGUACAGCUACCACUCUCUCUCUCUCUUUCUCUAUAAAUAUAAUAUACCUCGUUCUCUCUAUCUAUGGCCCUGUUUUACCUGUUUUAUUGACUGUAACUGGGUUCGUAAUUAAAGUGCAGGUUUUUUCCAAGGCCUUGCCUAUAAGAUUGUUUACAGAGGUGUACAAUCAAUAAAGUAAGGUUUAGAGAGAGAAACAUGUACACUUUGAACUAUCUGGGUUUUUGCUUUUGCAGAGCCAUUAUUCUUAUAUGCGAGGAGGGGGAGGGGUAUUAAAACCUAGAUGCACAGUUAAUCGAGAGACUAGGUUUUUCUAAUAAUGGUGGAGCCUGACUCCAUUGCUGUGGCCGUGGAGAACCGCGCUCUAACGCUAAAACCUUCGUAUGAAACCCUGGAUGCAGCUUCCGGAACUGAGAUUGAGGGGGAAAUUAGGGUUUCACAGUGUGGUGGUGAUAGCAUAGAGAGAGAAGAGAAGGGCGGAUCAGAGACUGGUGGAGCGAGGGCGGAGAGAGAAGAGAAAGGGGGAUCAAAAGGUGGUGGUUUUGUGUGGAAAAAACAGAGUGAGAAACCUGGUGAGUUUCAGGUUAUGGGGGCCGAAGCUUGGCCUGCUCUCACUGAUGCGCGGCCCAAAACCAUGGAAGGUUCAAAGCCUGGUGGUCAUGUUGUUCCACCUCCUGUUCAGGGACCGGUUCCACCGCAACGUCCUUCACAAAAACCAGAUGGGUAUGGGAAUCCAAACACCUUUGGUGGGCAUGCGCCUCCACAUCAUCAGAAACCAGGUUCGAAGCGCAAUAAUCCCCCUGCAAAUGGUGCAUCUCACUUUCCUCCUCCUCCUCCUCCCAUGUCCUAUCCUGCACCAGUGUCCACUGUUUUCCCCAUGGUUGUACAACCCUCACAUAUGCCUGUCCAUGAAUAUGUAUUCCCCCCUUGUCCUCCCCCUCAAUUGAUCGCAAACCCCGAGCCUCAUAUGGGUAGCUCUGCCCUGGAGAUUCCAUUGAAAGGCUUUACUGCACCUCCACAAGGGGGCAGUAUUGAUGCCACUAGGAACUUCCAGCCAUUGCCACGUGGUGAUUCGAAUGCUUACUCGGGAAACUAUGGCAGGCGAAAUCAUCCGCAAGAGCCAGGUGCUGGUGGUCGUUAUAACCAUUCUUGGCGUCACCAUCGUGGUUUCAAUCCUAGAGAGAAUAUGAAUAUGCAACAAGGUCAUGGGCCGAGGAAUUUUGUUAGGUCACCUCAGCCUCCACCACCAAUUCCACCUUUUAUUGGUUCGGUUUCUGGCUUCAUGAAUGGACCUGGUUUCCAUGCUCCUCCUAUGUACUUUCUUCAUGCUCCUCCGCCUGACCCUAUGCGGGCCCCCCGCUACUUCCCACAUCCUACACCCCCUGGUGUAGUCAUGCUGGCACCUGAGACACAUCAGUUGAGGGCAAAUGUAGUCAAGCAAAUCGAAUACUAUUUCAGUGUUGAUAACUUGUGCAGGGACUUCUUCUUACGUUCGAAGAUGGAUGACCAAGGAUGGGUUCCGAUUUCAAUCAUUGCAAAUUUUAAUAGGGUGAAGAAAAUGACAACAAAUAUUCCAUUUAUUCUUGAUGCAUUGCGAAACUCGGAUGAGGUUGAAUUGCAGGGUGACAAAAUUAGGAAGCGCCAUGAUGGUCCAAGCUGGCACCUUCCUCCCGAUCACUGUAAGUCUAUCCUGAGCAAUUAUGCACCUCAGGGCCCAGUUGAUGGGAAGGCAGCUGACCAUUUGAAGUAUGAACAACCAGAAGAAGUUUCAUCAACUAGUGAAAGUCACAAUGCAGAUUUGCACCCACCGGAACAUACUUCUGAAAAUGCAUCAGAGUCUCCUAAUGAGGAUAUGCCAGCUGGUGAAAGCUGUGUAACCAAAAAUCUAGGUGGUGGAGCUGCCAAUGGCUUUUCAGAUAAGGAUACACUUGAAAGUAAUCCUGAUCACAAGAAUAUCAAUAUGAAUAAUGGUAUUGGCUUGGGAAAUUCUGAGGGCAAUGGCAAUGCUUCAGGAGAUUUUGAUCCUAAAAUUCAAAAUGUUGUCAUGGCUUCAGAGUCUGUCCCUGCUAUACCGAAAAGAGGUGGACUCUCAACAGCUUUUGCUGAGGCAACCACGUUUAGGGAAGAGCAGAGUACGUUUCUGCUUGACGAAGAGUUGGAAUUAGAGCAUGCAAGUAGAAAAGAUCAUCUUUCCCCUGGUAAAAGGGCUGAUGAAGAAGAGGAUGACACAG